AUGCAGCAAGACGCAGGGAGUGUCGGCCGACUGGCGCCAGUCGAAAGAAACGGAGCAAGCCAAGCGAUAUUCUGCCACAGAGGAGGGCCAAUUGGGGGGGUUCGAGCAAUGCAGGCUGCUGCAGCGCGCCUCAGUGCUAUCUCAGCAAACCCACAAGGCAAAGGCAGGCCAGGCAGGGCACGCGCAGCCGGACGAAGUCCCGUCUUGGUUGCUUGCGCGGUGGAGACAGCGGGUGCGAAAUUAGAUGUUCGCCGCGGGAGCUGGCGGGGCACUGGAGCCCAAACAACAGCGCAGACUCGACGGCGACUGCACGAGAAUCCAACGCGACUCCAGGAUCAGUCGACGAGGCCCGGAGGAGGGCACGCGCAGGCAAGAUUGCAGAAUUCGGAAGCAGCCGAAUGGGCGCGGGAGAGAGGCAAAAGGGCGCCUCGUCGUGAUAGACGUCCAGGUCAGCAGGGCCAAUCAGGCCGGCAGAGCACACCACCACCCCGGCGCAAAACCACUCGGCCUGCAGCUGGGCGCAUGCGAUUGCAUUCACGACGCCUCCUCCGCGCUCCCUGCGCUCACGCAGCCAUGUCCCCAAGUCCAGGCCGUCACGAGAGAGGAUGCCAGACGCCCGGGUGCUCACCGCCAGCCGGCGACGGAGCCCUCAACACCACGGAUCGCGCUGAGCAGGCCAGCAGCAGGCCCUCGGCGCCCUCAGCACGCCGAAUGCGGGCGUGGUUCCCUGUCCGCGACGGCCCUUGGCAGCGAGCGCGCUAG